AUGUCGAUCCUGCCACUCAUCACGUUCAAGGCCGGCAUGUGCGAUGUCGAGUCCGAAGGAAACCCCAGAAAGGUGAAGCCGCAGCCCAGGCCCGGCUACAUCUACCUCUACUCCGACGAUGACCUCAUCCACUUUUGCUGGCGCGAACGCGAUCAACCCAUGGACGACCCCGAGCUCGACCUCGUCAUGGUGCCCACGGACGGCCAGUUCAUCCCACACCACAGCGGCGACAAGGCAUCCUCCAAGACGAACGGCCGCAUCUUUGUCCUCAAGUUUGCCUCCUCGUCCGCCCGACACUUCUUCUGGCUGCAGUCGAAGCCCCAGUCGCCCAGCGGCGAUCCCAGCUGGUUCAGCCCCCGGGAUCGCAAGAUCGGAGACAUAGUGCACGAGCUGCUGCAGGGCGAGGACGUCGACGUGCAGCGCGAGCUCGCGCCAGUGUCGGGCGGAAACCAGGGCGAUGACGACGAUGACGACGAUGACGAGAUGGAGGAUGCCGACAACGACAGGUCCGGCCGCGCUGCCUACAGGGGCGGCGGCGGCGGUGCCGGCGCCGACGCCACGGGAGGAGACGUCCGAGAAGAGGGCGAAGAUGCCCGAGAGGGCGGCAGCGACGGAGCACGAGCAGCUGGUUCGGGUGCGCGCGGGGCGCCCACGGAUGCCGAUGCUGCCGUCCGGAACUUUUUGCAGUCAUUACAAGGGAACGCCGGACUCGGCGGUGCGCAGGGUGGCCAGCAGCAGCGCGCAGGCGACGCCGACAAGGCUUUCCCGCAUCUCAACCACCUUUUGCCCAACGAGAUCACGAUUCCCAUGCUGCGCACAGCGUCGGAAGAGUACAUGGACAGCCUGCUGAGCUUCCUGCCGCCGGCCAUCCUGGUCCUCGCCACUGGGUCCGGCGACCUGGGGGAUACGGAGCCGACGGCAGACGCGGCGGCGGCGGCCAUGGCGUCCCUCAGCGUGGCGGAGAAGAAGACUGUGCUGGAGAGGGUGUUCAGGAGUCCUCAGUUCCACCAGGGGCUGGGUAGCCUGACGAUGGCCAUUCGCGACGGCGGCCUGCCCACGAUCGCCGAGGCUCUGACGAUCAAGGUCGCCAAUGGGGGGUACCUUCAGGGCGGCGGGAUGCCCCUCGGUGGUGGCGAGGCUGUGGAGGCUUUCGUUGAGGGCGUCAAGAAGACUGUGCAGGAGAAGAAGGAGUAG